UGGACAUUUUAAAUUGGAGUCAAAGCAGAUUGACUCGUUUUAACAACUAGCCUCCACUAGCGAACAGAAUUUACCUCAGAGUUUGAUCCUGGUGAGGGUUAUUUCUGUUUUUGAUGAGUUAAAAUUCCUCUUCCAAUGAUGAAGACUGUAGUUUGAGCUGACUGCAUCAUGAUCAGCUGAUCGUGGCCCAGAGGCGGCAGAUGCCGCCCCUCAUUCAGUCACGUUUACUUUCCCGUUGCCUGUCUCUUGUCUCUACAUGUUUCCUGAGGCGCUCGUGAGGCUCCUGGACAGGCUGGAACGAGACUCCGCUGACACUUUAACGAGCGUUUACGCUGUGAAUCUGAAUCUCUUGUGUAAAACAUCUGUACGUGGAUGUUUCAAUGACAGGUUUGACUUUUUUCUCCCCUCCGAUUCUGUGUAUUUAGAUAACAGAGAGGAAGAGGUUCAGCCCGUGGCCGUGUUGCGUUGCUGCUGAAUUCUCUCGGCGUCGUUGACUCAUCGCUCAGCGGGCGUGACCAGCAGCUCGGCCGUUUCUGUCCUUCCUUAUCAGGUUCUUCUGUGUUGGAGGAGUUGAGGGGCAGCCCAAAGUCCAGCAACACCAGAGCCCGCCGGCGAGGAUGGAGAACCAGCUGCAGCGGAUGGUGGCGGAGAGGAAGGACAUGGUGGAGACGGUGAUGGAGGUGUUCGAGCAGGGCGCCGAGGUGGUGGCCAGCAUCGCCGGAGACCUCUUCCCCGUCUUCUCCAUCGCCGCCCCCAUCGUCAAGCUGGCGCUGGACAACGUGGAGAGCAAGGAGGCGGCGUUCAUGAAGGAGCAGUUCCAGAAGGUCCGGGACCGGCUGGAGGCGGCCUCCGAGGAGCAGCGCCGCAUCAGCGAGCAGAUCAAGAGGAGCGCCGUGGACGCCGCCUACUUCUCCGUGGAGGAGAACAUCACCAACCAGUUCAGGAAGUACAUGGACAUCCUCAACGCCAGGCCCAAGUUCCGGGAGGUCAAGAAGAAGCUGUUCCUGGAGCACUUCGCCAAAACCGGCGGCGACAAGAACCUGCACACGCUGUACGGCGCCGUGACGGGGGACGGCUUCUCCGGCGAGCCCGUGCUGGAGGUCGUCCUCAACUACGAGGAGAAGAGCCGGCGGCCGCUGGAGGACUUCUGCGCCCGGAUGAAGAGGCUGUUCUGCAUCGGGCUGAUCGCGCUGCUGGGCCAGGCCGCGCUGAAGGGCCACGGCGAGGAGGAGGAGGCGGCGCUGCUGAAGGACUGGGGCGAGAAGAUGCAGGAGGUCCAGGCCCGGAUGAACGCCGUCAUCGAGGAGUGCAUCGUGGGGUUCCCCAAGCAGGCGGAGCUGGACGCCCGGCGGCUGCUCCGGGACCGGGAGGCCGGCGCCACCUGCCAGCAGCUGGCCGACGCCGUGCUGGCGGCGCUGCGGGGGAAGUUCGACUGGGUGGGCUGGUCGGUGCGGGUGUUCCGGGCCCCCGGCGGCCUCUUCGCCGGCAGGAAGGAGCCGCACUGCUUCACGGGGAAGAGCCGCUUCACGCUGGGCGGCGGCGCCGGCGACGACCGGCUCCACGUCUGCGUGUCCUACAGCGCCUCGCCCGAGCCGCUGGACCGGGACCGGAUCCGGCAGCUGAUCGGGGAGCAGAAGAAGCCGGCGGUGGCGGGCGUGGCCGAGGCGCUGUUCCAGCUGCUGCCGGGCGACUGCGUGGUCCACGCCGUGAAGACCGGCAAGGACCUGGCCUGCUGCUGGAGCUUCGGGGACGAGCUGCACUACUGGGAGGAGCACAAGAACCUCUACGUCUGCGUCCACUCCGCCUGAAGGGCGACCUGAAGGUCCUGAAAGUCCUGAAGGUCCUGAAGGUCCUGAAGGUCGUCCUAAGGACGAAAGUCGUCCUAAAAGUCGUCUUGAAUGGUCGUCCUGAAGGUCGUCCUAAAAAUCCUGAAGGUCAGGACGACCUUCAGGACAAAAGUCGACCUAAAAGUCGUCCGGAAGGUCGUGCUGAAGGUCGUCCAGGAUGAAGUUUCUGAAGGUCAUCCUGAACGUCAGGACGACUUUUAGGACGACUUUCGUCCUAAAAGUCGUCUUGAAAGUUGUCCUGAACGUCGCCCUGAAGGUUUCUGAAGGUCGUCCUGAAGCAUCCUAAAGGUCGUCCUAAAAGUCCUGAAGGUCAGGACCACCUUCAGGACGAAAGUUGUCCUAAAAGUCGACCUGAAGGUCAUCCAGAAGUCGUUAAGGACGACCUUCAGGACGGAAGUCGUCCUGAAGGUGUCUGAAGGUCGUUUAGGAUGACCUUCAGGACAAAGUUUCUGAAGGUCAUCCUGAAGGUGUCUGAAGAUCGUUCUAAAAGUCAUCCUGAAGGUCAGGACGACUUUUAGGACGAAAGUCGUCCUGAAGGUCUACCUGAAGGUUUUUGAAGGUCGUCCUGAAGGUCAUCUGAAGGUCAUCUGAAGGUCGUCCUGAAGCAUCCUAAAGGUUGUCCUAAAUGUCCUGAAGGUCAGGACGACCUUCAGGACAAAAGUUGUCCUUAAAGUCGACCUGGACUCUUCAGGUCGACUUUUAGGACAGUUGUCCUAAAAGUCCUGAAGGUCCUUCAGGACGAAUUUCGACCUGAGGGUUUCUGAAGGUCGUCCUGAAAGUCCACCUUCAGGACGAAAGUCAUCCUAAAAGUCGACCUGAAGAUCGUCCUGAAGGUUUCUGAAGGUCUUUCAGGACGACCUUCAGGAUGGUCGUUCUGAAGGUCGUCCUAAAAGUCGUCCUAAGGUCGUCCUAAGGUCGUCCUGAAGGUCGUCUGAAGGUCGUCUGAAGGUCGUCCUCUCUCUUCUCCGUGUUUUGCACAUAUUUACUAUCCAGCAGGUCUUUUCAUCUGUAAUUCUUCUCUUCUCUUUCUGAGCGUUUUUACUAUCAGCUUCUUCUUCUUCUAAGUGGACACGAGGCGUUUCCACGGCAACCGCAACAUAAACUGCGUUAAACUGACCAAAAGCACAUAUCGUCUUGUUUUAAAUUUAACGUCUUUCGUAGAAAUACAACCGUGUUUUUUUUUUUACAGUACACUGAGAGUUUUUUUCAGCAGUUAUUCUCCAACAUCCGUUGGUUUCUUUGCAAACUAAAUGCUUUAUCCUAAUUUUAAAUAAACUGCUGCAAACGUGUUGGAUACACAAAAUAAUAAAUAAAAAGUUUAAAAAAUCACCACUUUUGUGCCUCAAGCUUCACCCAAGGGGUUGUGAUCCGAAUAUUGUCCACGUUAUACUUUAAGUUUACAUUUAUAUAUUUGAAUAAGCAGUUGAUUGUGGGAAGUUGGGUGUUUUUUAGAGACAAUGAUCAAACUUUAUCUUCCCGUUCACAUCGUCUCUGAUGAUUUUAUGAGUUUUUGUUCUGAUUUUUUAAUGUUUUAUUAUAGAACUAAUCUGAAUGUUUCCCCUGUGGAGAUUAAAUGCUGACGCUGCACAUCAGUUUCUUGGUAGUUCCUGUGUGUGAUGGGGGUAAUUAAUAUUGUUACGCAAAUGCAACAAAUAACAUUAAUCUUUUUCAAAUAAACGUAUUUUAUUCAACCAA